AUGAAAAGAGAAAGGGAGAUGACUGGUUUGCAGUUGCAGUCAUCCCAAAGAGAGGCCGUGAUAGUGGCUGUCGAUGCAAAUAGGACUAAAGGAAGCAUGGAAGCCGUGGAAUGGGCUCUCAAGCAUGUCGUUAAACCUGGUGACAUCUUCCUUGUUUUAGGAGUUUUCACUAUUGAUCACCAUGUCAAGAAGAACUCUUGCUUUCCGUUUAAGUUGCUCAUGGGUUUCGGCAUCUCUGGAAUACGGGAGAGAAUAGAAUCCGUUGACCACGAGGAAGUGGAUCCUGUCGAGCUUGGAGAAGAAUUCGAGCGAAAAAGAGGACAAUACCAGAGUAGCUUCCAGCCUUUAUAUCUGGUAAAGGAAAAAUAUUUUGCUAGCUUGAUGCUAUCGAAUGAUACACAGCUUGCUGAGAUUUGUCCGAUCAAGCCAAAUUAUGAUUCAGCAGAUCCCGAAGAGCAUCUUGGGGAAGAGAAUAGUAAAGAUUUCAAUGCUUGCGAGUUGAGAAAUAAAUCUGCACCCGCGCCAUAUCCUCAGAAUCCUUGUUGCUAUCCUCUAUCUUGGAGAAAUGGUUUUCCUCGAGUGUUUUCUUACAAUGAACUUGAAGUGAUAACCAAUGGCUUUGCUGAUGAUAACAUUUUAGCAGUUGUGAAUGGCAUAACAGUUCAUCAGGGAAUAUUACAAGAAACCCCUGUUUUAGUAAAGUCUUUAAAGACAACAAACAAAGGCUUCUGGUCAGUCCUAGAGAUCCUAUCCCGGGUGUGCCACCGCAACAUCUUGAAUCUUGUUGGGUACUGCAGCACAGGCACUUCUGCAUUCUUGCUUUUCGACUUACCUUGUUUGGGUACCGUUGGAAUAAACUUGCAAUGGGAUGAGUUGGCCGAGAAACUGGAUUGGAGAAUGAGGUGGUCUAUCGCUCUAGAAAUAGGUGGAAGCUUGCGCUAUCUCCAUGAGGAGUGUGUUGAUGGACCUAUUGUUCACAAAAAUGUUUGUGCUUCCAGCGUUGCUCUUUCUCAUGGUUACUCCGCAAUGCUCUGCAACUUCGCAUAUGCUGAGUGGCUUAAGGGUGACAUUCCCCCAACUAAAGAUUUGAUAUCCAAAUACGACAAGCUCCAUUUUGGCGACGUACAUGAUUAUGGGAAAUUCCUACUGGAGCUUAUUACUGGAAAGUGUGUAAGUCCUGUUCACGACCAAGGGAAGGACCAGUCCAUGAUUGAACGGGCACUGUCACUUCUAGAAAAUGGUGAGUUUGGCAAACUGAAGGACUCCAGACUUAGGGAAAUUGCUGGUGAUGCUAGGAUGGUCCGGAAUAUGGCUCACGCAGCAUUGCGCUGCCUAAAAGUUGAUUCAGAUCACAAACUUACUAUAAGUGAGGCCGUAGCCAUUGUUCGAGGUGAUGAACUUGCGAUCUUCAACCACGGAAAAUUGAAAUAA